GCUGAAGAAGGGGAAGAAAGAGAACAAGCCCUGCCUUCAGAUUUCCUCAACAGUUAGCUUCGGCCGUCCAAUGACCACCAGCCCCAGCGCCACCCAUCAGCCCGGUAAUAUGGAGGAACCCCAGCAGCCAGACCAGCCAAUCACCACGCAGCAGAAUGGAGAAGCUGCCCAAACUGCUGUGACUUCUCAACCAACCAGCUCUGACCAACAGGCCCCACCCUCAACGACAGAUGCUCCCGAGGCCCAGCAGACAGAGGACGGGAAGGGAAUGGACCACCUGACAGUAAUCAGCGAAAGCACAGAGACCAGUAAUGGCAUCGCGCCUGUCAUGGCUGACUCGUCACCCAUAGCGCCCUCUGUGUCGCCCAAGCUGCAUGCAAAGCCAGCUGGCCAUGCUAAUGGCCGGCCCCGCUUGGGCAGCCGGUCUGGCUCGCUAGCGAUGGGCUCCCCCAGGCCCUCGCUCACCCGCCAGCCCAGCGCCAUCACAGAGGCCGCUGUGGAUGGGUCCAAGCCGAGGGACUACCUGAUCCUCGCCAUCUUAUCCUGCUUCUGCCCAAUGUGGCCCAUCAACAUCGUGGCCCUCACCUUCUCUGUGAUGUCCCGAAACAGUCUGCAGCAAGGCAACGUUGACGGUGCUCGCCGUUUGGGCCGUAACGCCAUGGUGCUGUCUGUUGUCUCCAUUUUAGGAGGGAUUGCCAUCAUCGCAGCGGCCAUCGUCCUGAACUGGGGAUUGAUAUUAAAAUCUUGAUUCAAACCAACCGGCACGGCGAGACUGACUUCAUGACAACAUCGAACCCGACACGACACCAUUUCCUCCCGUUCCUGAAGCACUAUCGUUGUCGAGCGCCUGCACCAGAUGUAAAACGAAUAAAAACCCGUUUCUGUU